UCCCUAUAUGAUAACAUGUGAUAGUAAUCCACGUCUGCGAAAUGAUGUUUGCGUAGUCUGUCAAAUUGGUGUGAUGUGCUUGAAUAUUGUUUCCUCUUGGAAUGGAUUUAGAAGAGGCAUUUCAACUAGUCGGAGAAUUCGGAUCAUAUCAGAAGCAGAUGGUGUUGGUUCUUGUGUUGCUACAGGUGUAUAUGGCAUGCCAGUCCAUGCUCAUUGUGCUCAUUGGCGCUAUACCAGAAUACCACAUUGAACAAGGUGACCACUCCAACUAUGAGGAGCUCAUCAAACACGUUACAUUUACAGAGGAUGUCAACUCCAUCGUGACGGAGUGGUUCCUUCUAAAGCAACAGGCUUACAAGGUCAGCUUGGCAGGCUCUUUGUUCUUCGCUGGGGUCUUGAUUGGAAAUGUGUUUUUUGGACCCCUCUCUGACAAGAUUGGAAGGAAACCAGUCUUCCUAACAGCUCUGUUCUUUGAGGUGGUGUUUGGCUAUGCCACAGCCUUUGCUCCCAGCUAUGAGGUGUUUGCGUUGUCGCGCCUGCUGGUGGGUCUGAUGAAUGGGGGUAUGUCCCUCGUCUGUUUUGUGCUCACCCAGGAGUAUGUGGGCAAGGCCUACUGGGCCAUGACAGGGACCUUGACUAAUAUGACCUUUGCUGUGGGUAUUGCCCUGUUUGGUGCCCUUGGCUACUAUAUCAGACCAUGGCGUACCCUGGCAACAGCAGCUAAUUCUCCUGGUGUCCUGUUUUUUCUACUUUGUGUGACUCUCCCGGAGUCUCCACGCUGGCUGUAUUCCCGUGGUUACACGGAGAAGGCGGAGGAGGUUUUGCAGUACAUAGCUGUGCGGAAUGGGAACAGCAAUGCUGCAGCCAAAGUAAAGCUCCGAAUGUGUCCUGGCUCUGUCAAGACUGGUAACCAGGGCAACAAUAGCCCUGGCUUCCUCGACCUGUUCACCCACACAGUGCUCCGCUGGAGAACCGUGGUGCUCAUGUAUGUCUGGUAUUCCUGCAGCCUGGUGUACUAUGGGCUGACCAUGAAUGCCAGUGAGGAAAGUGGGAACCGCUACUUCAGUGUUGCCAUGUAUGGACUAGUGGAGCUCCCGGCCUACCCUCUCUGUAUCUAUUUCAUAAACAAGCAGUGGGCUGGGAGAAGGAAAACCAUGGCCAGCUUUCUGGGUUUAGCUGGCUUGUCAUGUCUAUGCACCAUGCUGGUCCCAGUAACUGCUGGGCCGGUGUUCAAUGCUACUUCUUUAGCUUUGUUAGGAAAGCUGUUGGUCAGUGCGGCUUUCAACAUAGUGUAUGUCUACACUACUGAACUGUACCCCACUGUUGUAAGGAACGCUGGUCUUGGGGUCUGCUCAAUGUCUUGCAGAGUCGGAGGGAUCCUGGCCCCUUUUGUGCCCUCUAUGAGAGACUUACACACCUCUAUGCCCUUCCUGGUGUUCUGUCUCAGUGGAAUCUCUGCUGGCUGCCUGGGUCUCCUUCUCCCUGAGACGCUUAACAAACCCAUCUCAGAGACACUAGAGGAGCUCAGCAGCCCUGCUUACCACCGCAUUGUAGAGACCAAGACUUCCAAUAGUUGAGACGGGAUUGAGAAGGAUGGUCAGGUGAGACUAGUUACGCCCCCUAUCCAAAUGCAAGUUUACAAUGAUCUUAAAUGUAAUUCCUGCUUUACAUUCUGUAUCUUGGGUUGAUUGGUUUGUGUUCCGUUAUACAGACACACUUGUUUGAAGAGGACCAAUCGAAAACCAACCACAAUCAGUGACUCACUCUUUGAACAAGAGAAGUCAGAGGCAAUCCGACAGGAGAGACUCUCGAAGCCUGUCCACACACAAGUGCUUUCUCACAAGGGACCCGAUGUGCUCUGUUUCCAUGGUGAAGCAAGGACGGGUCAUGCCGUGAUGGAUGGUGGUCCAUUUCUACAGGGAACGGCAUAUGUUUACAAUGUUUUCGUGUUAUUUUGUUUCUCUCUUUGUAUGUGUGAUACUUUUUGUACUUUACAGUGAAAAUCGCAGUUUAUCCGCAGUGAAUUGAUCAAGUAAUCAUGUGGUAUCAAAUGGAAGAGAACUACAAUUACUGCCAAAGUUUUCAGCUUCUACAUUGCCAAGUAGUCAUUGGGGCCUAAUUUAUAAUUGUUGCGUACAUUUAACACUAAAUAGCCGCAUGCGCCAUUUCUGAAAACUGCACGCACAAAAAUAUUGAGGUUUAUUAACUUGGCACACGCCAUUCAUAUGCAGGUUUCCCAUUGUAAAUCAGACCUGUCAUAAAACUGAACGAGCAUUUUCUCCACCUGAAAACGCCCAUCAUUCACCUUUUGUGAGGACAAUAACGCCCUUAUUUUCUGUAUAGUUUGGAAGUAUUGGAAUUAGGCCAAGACGAUAUCUAAAGGAAAUACAUUUACAUUUAAGUCAUUUAGCAGACGCUCUUAUCCAGAGCGACUUACAAAUUGGUAAUGGUGACCUUGAUCACAUGUCUUUGGAGGGAUUGGCCAAAUGUUUGUAUUGCUAUUUCUUUUAGAUAUCGUCUUGGCCUAAUUCCAAUACUUCCAAACUAUACAGACAAGGGCGUUAAAAGGUAAAUGAUGGGUGUUUUUCAGGUGGAGUAAAUUUGGGGUAUUUGACAUUUUCUGAAAGACAAAAACAAUUGCAUGUUUUUGUGGACCUGUAAACGGAUCGUUUAAUUAUCCUUUUCCCGAACCUAAAUUUCCUGCACUGCCCGCGAAUUCUGAUACAUUGUUUACUCUGUCAAAUGUAAACAGUGACCUUAGUGGCAGCUUACACACGUCAACGCAAAAAUAUCAACUGUCUGUUCACCUGUCAAAUUCUACUGUAUGUUAUAAACCGCGCACCCUGUCGGAUACAUAAGCUAUUAAAAUGUUGCUCUACCUAAUAAUCCCAGUUAAAUGAGAGAAGCGUGUGGUAAUUUGUUGUAUGUCUACUGCAAGAAUAUAAACUCAUCAUGGCCAGAGAAGGUGAGGAAUUUAUUCUGCAAUGGUUGAUAUGUAUUAUGUUUUAUAAAUUAAAUAUCUACACUACACAUUUCACAUUACAGUACUCGGACGUAGCCUGUGAACCGUCUGUUAAACUGCGCUUCUUAUCGCAUAGAGCAAAAUAGGCAGCUUGAAAUAGCUUAUCUAUUUACUACUGGGAAGUGGGUACAAUUUUAAAUGAGUGAUAGACUACCAUUCGUCCCAUCUUAACUUGUCGGCCUGUAGGCUAUUUCGAAACCAUCAAAGGUGAAAUGAUUGUGGAAAUUAAAUAAAUAAUAGAAAAUA